AUGAAACCAAUAACCCUAAUCUUAUCUAUCAUUUAUGCCUCAGCGGUUGUCAUUGCUGAAGAAGCUUUAUCCCAUCAACAGCAUGUUGUUCUGCAAGAGAAUUUAGUUCAAGUUAAUGUCACAACCCCAGCUCCUGUUCCUCCUGAAUCACCGCCGCUGCCACUACCUUCAAAAGAGCCUAAAGUAGAACCAUAUCCUGAUCUGAAUGUUCCAUCUCGACCAGAUGUCACUGGUGUUGAAAUUCCAUUUCAUUGUAAACAAGAUGAAUUUGUGAUUCAUUCCAAGAAGGACCUUGAUUCAAUUAUUGAUUGUGAAGUUAUUGUUGGAGAUAUUAAAAUUUCAGAAUAUAAUUAUCCUAUUAUUACAUUCCCUCAAUUGUUUAAACUUGUUGGGAAUUUGAUUAUUAAGAAAUCUCCAGAACUUGUUCGGAUUGAAUUACCGGUUUUAGAAACUAUUACUUCUAGUUUUAUUGUUAAUGAAUUAACUUCAUUGGCCCUUAUUUCAUCACCAAAUUUGAAAUCUUUGAGAGUUUUAGAUUGGACAAUUUUACCUAUUUUAAGUAAUGUUCAUUUUAAUAAUGAAAUUGAAGGAUUGGAAAGUAUUACCCUUUCAGAUACUUCAUUGACAGGAUUUUCUGGGUUUGUUGCUGAUACUUUGGAAACUUUGGAUAUUAAUAAUAAUCGAUUUUUGGAUAAUAUUGAAUGUAAUGUUAGAGUUGUUAGAGGAAAAUUACAUAUUGCUUCCAAUGCAAAUGAUGUUAAAGUAUCUUUACCUCAUUUAAGACAAGUUAAUAAAUUGAGUAUCAAUAGUGUUGAAACAUUAACUUUGGAUGAAUUGGAAAAUGUUCAAAGUUCAUUAAGUUUAAGUAAUAAUUAUUUCCAACAAUUAAGAUUUCCAAAAUUAAGUGAAAUUGGUGGUACUUUAAGUCUUUUAAAGAAUGAAAAUGUUAAUCAUCUUGAAUUUCCCGUUCUAAAUGAAAUUGGUGGUGGAUUAAUGUUUAUAAAUAAUACCAAGAUUGAACGAAUUAAUUUCUUUCCCAAGUUGACAAUUAUUGGUGGUGCUUUGGAAUUGAUUGGUAGUAUUAAAGAGAUUCAUUUCAAACAAUUGAAAUUGGUUAAAGGAAGUGCAAUUGUUAAGUCAUCUUCAUAUGUAUUUGAUUGUUCUGUAUGGGCCAAGAGUGAGAUUUUAUUUGUUGUUAGAGGCGGUAAGAUUGAAUGUACUAAUGCCAAUAAUGAAGUUAUUACUUCCAAGACUAGAAAGGAUGGUGGUGAAGUUAGAAGUGGUGGUAGUGGAAGCAAUGGUGGCAGUAGUAGUGGUGGAAAUGGUAAGAGUCAUACACAAGGAGGUACUCUUGAUGAUCUUAGAGAACAAAGUGGACAUCAUCAUAAUCAAACAACUUCCAAUCCAGAAUUUGAACCAGAAUCAAGUGGAGGACAUAAAUCUCUUGCAAUUACCCUUUCCACUAUUCUUAUUACUAUAUUUAUUACUCUGACUUUAUAA